CGUGGAGCCAGUGAAUGGAAAAUUCAACGACAACGCCUGGCACGAUGUCAAAGUGACACGCAACCUUCGGCAGGUGACAAUCUCUGUGGAUGGCAUUCUUACCACGACGGGCUACACUCAAGAGGACUACACCAUGCUGGGCUCGGAUGACUUCUUCUACGUGGGAGGAAGCCCAAGUACUGCUGACUUGCCGGGCUCCCCCGUUAGCAACAACUUUAUGGGCUGCCUUAAAGAGGUUGUUUAUAAGAAUAAUGACAUCCGUCUGGAGCUGUCUCGCCUGGCCCGGAUUGGGGACACCAAGAUGAAGAUCUAUGGGGAAGUUGUAUUCAAGUGUGAGAAUGUGGCCACGCUGGACCCCAUCAACUUCGAGACCCCAGAGGCAUACAUCAGCUUGCCCAAAUGGAACACCAAGCGCAUGGGUUCCAUCUCCUUUGACUUCCGCACCACUGAGCCCAACGGCCUGAUUCUCUUCACUCACGGCAAGCCCCAAGAGAGGAAGGAUGCUCGGAGCCAGAAGAACACCAAGGUGGACUUCUUUGCUGUGGAACUCCUUGAUGGCAACCUGUACCUGCUGCUUGAUAUGGGCUCAGGCACCAUCAAAGUGAAGGCCACUCAGAAGAAAGCCAACGAUGGGGAAUGGUACCACGUGGACAUCCAGCGAGAUGGCAGAUCAGGUACCAUAUCAGUGAACAGCAGGCGCACGCCAUUCACUGCCAGCGGGGAGAGUGAGAUCCUGGACCUGGAGGGGGACAUGUACCUGGGCGGGCUGCCGGAGAACCGUGCCGGCCUCAUCCUCCCCACUGAGCUCUGGACUGCCAUGCUCAACUACGGCUAUGUGGGCUGCAUCCGUGACCUGUUCAUUGACGGGCGCAGCAAGAACAUCCGGCAGCUGGCGGAGAUGCAGAACGCUGCGGGCGUCAAGUCCUCCUGUUCACGGCUGAGUGCUAAGCAGUGCGACAGCUACCCCUGCAAGAACAACGCAGUGUGCAAGGAUGGCUGGAACCGCUUCAUCUGCGACUGCACGGGCACAGGCUACUGGGGAAGGACCUGUGAAAGGGAGGCAUCCAUCUUGAGCUACGAUGGCAGCAUGUACAUGAAGAUCAUCAUGCCCAUGGUCAUGCACACUGAGGCAGAGGAUGUGUCCUUCCGCUUCAUGUCCCAGCGAGCUUAUGGGCUGCUGGUGGCUACUACCUCCAGGGACUCUGCGGACACCCUGCGUUUGGAGCUCGAUGGGGGGCGUGUCAAGCUCAUGGUUAACUUAGACUGUAUCAGGAUAAACUGUAACUCCAGCAAAGGACCUGAGACCUUGUAUGCGGGGCAGAAGCUCAAUGACAAUGAAUGGCACACUGUUCGGGUAGUACGGAGAGGAAAAAGCCUUAAAUUGACUGUGGAUGAUGACGUGGCUGAGGGUACGAUGGUGGGGGACCACACCCGCUUGGAAUUCCACAAUAUUGAAACUGGAAUCAUGACUGAGAAACGCUACAUCUCCGUUGUCCCCUCCAGUUUCAUUGGGCACUUGCAGAGCCUCAUGUUCAAUGGCCUGCUCUACAUUGACUUGUGCAAAAAUGGAGACAUUGAUUACUGUGAGCUGAAGGCUCGCUUUGGACUGAGGAACAUCAUUGCUGACCCUGUCACCUUCAAAACCAAGAGCAGCUACCUGAGCCUGGCCACCCUCCAGGCAUAUACCUCCAUGCACCUCUUCUUCCAGUUCAAGACCACCUCGGCUGAUGGCUUCAUUCUCUUCAACAGUGGUGAUGGCAAUGACUUCAUUGCAGUUGAGCUAGUCAAGGGGUACAUACACUAUGUGUUUGACCUCGGGAAUGGCCCCAAUGUGAUCAAGGGUAACAGUGACCGUCCCCUGAAUGACAACCAGUGGCACAACGUCGUCAUCACUCGAGACAACAGUAACACCCACAGCUUGAAAGUGGACACCAAAGUGGUCACUCAGGUUAUCAACGGUGCCAAAAAUCUGGAUUUGAAAGGUGACCUCUAUAUGGCAGGUCUGGCCCAAGGCAUGUACAGCAACCUUCCAAAGCUGGUGGCUUCCCGGGAUGGCUUUCAGGGCUGUCUGGCAUCUGUGGAUUUGAAUGGGCGCCUGCCAGACCUCAUCAACGAUGCCCUCCAUCGGAGCGGACAGAUCGAGCGUGGCUGUGAAGGACCAAGUACCACCUGCCAGGAAGAUUCAUGUGCCAACCAGGGGGUCUGUAUGCAGCAGUGGGAAGGCUUCACCUGUGACUGUUCCAUGACCUCAUAUUCUGGAAACCAGUGCAAUGACC